AUAAAAGAACCACAAGCAAUUCGCCUCUCAUUUUCAUCAUCUUCUUUGCAGGACUCCUUUAUUUAUUUUUUUUAAGGGAAAUUAGGGGAAAUUUUUUAGUAAUUGAACAAAUUUGAUAAAUAAAAUCAAUCGGUGGAAUCGGGAAUUGGUAGCUAUGGCGAAGAAGAGGAAAUCAAUAGCCACAAGCCUGGACGAGGUGGAUCGGACCAUGUAUGCUUCAUUUUGCAGCGCUGCUAACUCUCUCUCUCAGCUAUAUACCCAGGCUAUGAACCACCAGAAACUUUCCUUCCAAGCCGGUGAACGUCACGGCCUUGAACAACUUUAUCAGUGGAUUUGGAGACAACAAGAGGGAGGAUCAAGAGUAGCAACAGUUGAUAUACUCAGUUACAUUCAGAAUGAGCUGGACUAUUGUGGAGAAGAGCCGCCAUUGUCCCCCCGAGCGCCACAACAUCAGAAUUCCCAACCAAUUCAGUUCUCAAAUUCCAGCUUCCUUGUUUCAUCAGGUUCGUCUGGUCCAAUAACUGCUGGCCAAGGUACUCGCACUGAGCACUGUGAUCAACAACCCAAGAAUUCAGUUUUCUCAAAUGCUUUGUCAAGCCCUGUCCGGAGGAGUCUCCAGAAUUAUCAUAUUGCUCAGGACAGCUAUUAUCCACCUGGUGGUCCACCGUCAGGAAACGGAACCCGCAGUAACGAGCCCAACUUUCUUCAGCACCAGAACAGGGAUCCUAAUCCUGUUAGUUCCAAUGACUCUUCAAUGGAUAUCUAAGAUAGUAGGUGUAAAAGCUUGGUGGCAUGCGUACUGGUUAAAAGAAUCAGAGGGCUGUUGCAAUUGCAUUAAGGUUUUGGCACAUAGAAAUGGUUACUUCAUACAAGAAUAAUUGCAUGAAUCUGCUUGCUUGUUGAAGUGUGUGGAGAAGAAUAGGUAAAUCGUGUGGGUUGGCAUGGGGCAAAAUGGUAUAUGAUGAGCACUGUAACCUAUUAGUUCAUCUUUUAUUGUCUUUCGAAUGCUUAGGAUGGGUCUUCUAUGUCAUGUAAAGCUUCUUGUCGAAUUGACUUGGCUACUUAUAAGAUGGUAAUAUUUGUUGCA